AGUGGUCUGACUUAACCGUGAGCCCGCGGGGAGUGGACGCUCUUUGGGCGCUAGCGGCGGUCGCGCCGGGUGUCGCCUGUGAGGGGGCCCUCGGUUUUGACGUGGGCGCUUGCGUUUUCAGGAGCUUGCGGGCCUUUUGGAAAAAAGGUUUCCAAAUUUUUAGUCAGAAAACGAGCAGAGGCCCCUCCUAAUGUAUUUUGGGUGCUUUGCACCCCAAGGAAAGUCCACCCUGGCAAACUUAGUUCCUGGUUCUUCAUUUUUUUAUUUUUAUUUUUUUGCUUCCUGGAGUGGCUUCCGGGGGGUUGGUCACAACGAAGGAGAAGCUUAGGACCACGUACCUGGGCAGUGUAUUUAAAAUAUCCGGCUGUGCCCUAAGUCUAAGUUAGCUCUUGGAGCUGUAGGACAAGAAGGACGAUUAUUUAACACGUGAAAGUGCCAAAUCCACGGGAUUGAAGGUUCAUCUAUGAUAUGUGUUUUAGAGUUGAUGUUAUACUUUCAUUUGAAUGAAAAAUGUCCCUCAGUCCACCUGUAUUUCUCAAAGAAAGGGAAGAAAAUAAUUCAACAUUUGGGGAAGUACAGCAGUCACAAACUACUUCUAUAGAUUCAGAGGACCCUCUUCAAAACUUAUGCUUAGCGUCCCAAGAAGUUCUUCAAAAAGCUCAGCAAAAUGGGAGAUCAAAAUGUCUCCAUUGUGGGGGUUCAAGAAUGUUCUACUGCUAUACAUGCUACGUCCCAGUUGAAAAUGUACCUAUUGAACAGAUGCCAGUUGUGAAGCUUCCAUUGAAGAUCGACAUCAUUAAACAUCCAAAUGAAACAGAUGGCAAAAGUACUGCUAUACAUGCAAAGCUCUUAGCACCCGAAUUUGUAAAUAUUUACACAUAUCCUUGUAUUCCAGAAUAUGAAGAAAAGGACCAUGAAGUUGCACUUGUUUUUCCUGGGCCUAAGUCUGUCUCAAUAAAAGAUAUUUCUUUCCAUCUGCAAAAAAGGAUUGAAAAUAACAUUAAAGACAAAAAUGACCCUGAUAAACCAUCUGUGAAGCGCAAGAAAACUGAGGAAACAGACUCAAAUGACAGCAAGUGCAAAAACAUGACACUGAAAAAAAUUAUAUUUAUAGAUAGUACUUGGAACCAAACAAACAAAAUAUUCACUGAUGAGAGACUUCAAGGGUUGUUACAAGUUGAGUUGAAAACAAGAAAAACUUGCUUUUGGCGUCAUCAAAAGGGAAAACCAGAUACCUUCCUUUCCACAAUUGAAGCUAUUUACUACUUUUUGGUUGACUACCAUACUGAUAUAUUAAAAGAAAAAUACAGAGGACAAUAUGACAAUCUUUUAUUUUUCUACUCUUUCAUGUACCAGUUGAUAAAGAAUGCCAAAUGCUCUGGAGACAAGGAAGCAAGAAAACUUAUCCAUUAGUUUUUAAGAAACCAUUUAUGUGAUUUUAUUUUUGCUAAAAUCAAUAAAUUUAUUGAGCUUUGUUUAUUCUUAGAAAAUAUUCAU